AUGAAGCUCUCGGCAUUCCUGCCAUCUCCGUUGGAAAUUCCACUUGUUGAUCCCAUCUUCGCACGAGAAGAAUCACCUCCGACUUUCCAUCAACUUCUGUUGGUGUUGAACUACAUCUUCAUCUCUGCCAUGCUUCCUGAAGAUGAUGCGACCAUGUGGCGAAUCAUCUAUCGUCAUUCAGCUGACUGGGAAAGAGAGUUUGUCCUGCAGUAUGAUGGACUCUUAUCGUGGUUGAUCAGUACGCGGGAUGCUUUGACCGAUUCCCGUUGCUUGCAGACGGUGUCUCUAGAUGACCUAGAGUUGCAGGCGCGGUGGAUACUUUUCAUGCUUGGGACAAAAGCGCUGCCUGGCUCGAGCUUUCUACAAGAAUACUUCCAAACCAAAAGGUAUCCGUAUCGGUCAUUUGGCGCGAGAGCAAGCAUCGCAUUAGUCUGUCUUGCCUUUACGGGAUUGCAACCGAGAGACCUCAAAGACUAUGAGUCCAAAGACAUCUGGCCGAAUGGUGAGCCUUUCUACACGCUGAUGGCUUCCAGACUGAGCCAAUCGCCAUUAUUCAAAGGCAGCAUUUGCGUUGAUAAAAUGAAGACCAUGGUGCUCAGACUUCACCAGGCCUUUCAUUUGGAGGAAGAACGUGUGGCCUUUACGAUGCCCCAGGAAAUCUACUACGACAAGAAUACCAGCACAUAUGAGUAUUUCCGGCGGGCCUUUCUCUCGUUGGACCCAAGAUUGCUACCAAAAGUGUGCCAACUACUGCAGCCGUCGGGACUGACUGUAGAGUACAGUGCAUACAAUUUGGCUAGCAUCUGUGCCACGGCCUUUCAGAGAGCCCCGUCAGUGGACACCCUCGAGGCCACACUUGCAAAUAUACCAGAUAUUUUGCAGUCACAAGCAGAUAGAGCGGUAGUGAUUGAAAUGUUCCACGUGAGGCUAUUCCAGCAAUUGAAGCAACCAGUCUACGGUCAGUCAUCAUAUCAUUCAGGUCUUGAUCAAAGCUGA